AUGCAAAGACUUCAAUCAACCUUCAAAAUGCCUUCAAUACUAGCCAGCACCCUGCCCCUCAACAGCGGCGUCAUUAUACCCCGCCUACACCUCGGCGUCUACAUGACCUCUGGCCGUGAAUGUUCUUCCGCCGUGACUUACGCCUUGGCUGCCGGCUACCGUGCUGUAGAUUCUGCAGAAUGGUAUGCGAAUGAAGCGGAAGUAGGGUCUGCCAUCAAUGCCUUUCUGGCAUCGGUCCAAAACCAGGCGGGUUUGAAGAGGGAGGAUAUCUGGUUUACGACCAAGUUGAAGAGCAAUCUAAGCUAUGAUGCAACACGGAAGAGCAUCAAACAGAGCAUCAAGAAGAGUGGCCUAGGAUACAUUGACUUGUAUCUGCUGCAUAGUCCAUAUGGAGGGAAGCAGAAGAGGUUGGAGUGUUGGAGGGCGGUGGAGGAUGCUGUUAGGGAGGGCGAAUGUAGGGCUGGGGGAGUCAGCAACUUUGGCGUUAAACAUCUCCAAGAACUCCUGGACUCGAAACCGAAACUCGUCCCUGCGAUCAACCAAAUUGAAGUCCACCCCUUCAACACCCAAUCCGCCAUCACCUCCUUCUGCGCCCAACACAACAUCGUUGUUGAAGCCUACGCGCCGCUUGCUCGUUCACUGCGAGUAAACCACCCGAAAAUAAAGGAGUUGUCGAAAAAGUACAGUUGUACUUGGGCACAACUGAUGGUGAAAUGGGGGUUGCAGAAGGGAUACAUCGUACUUCCAAAAAGCGUAAAUGAACAACGGAUCAAAUCCAACGCUGAAGUCGAUGGGUUUGAGAUUACCGAGGAUGAUAUGAAAGUGUUGGAUGGGCUGGAUGAGAAGCUGGUCACGGAUUGGGAUCCUACGGAUGCUGAUUGA